AUGGCUUUCUCAUUUGCCUUGAGGCAUUCGCGUUUAGCUCUGGCUGUGUUUUAUAUCCUUAUUUCUCUUGGAAAAUUUGGCAAAUCACAAGGGACUCCUUCAGAAACAGCUGCUGCAGGAGUACUUGCAAAUGAAUAUUUGCCCGGACAAGUAGGUGCAAAUCAAGGUUACCCCCAAACAGGAAGCGUGGAUAAGGAUCCGGAUCAUAUUGUCAAUGAAGCCCUGCAAUGUUUCGAUGAAAAGCAAAUUUACAGCAGCUGCAGUGAAGCUUAUAGAUUGUCCUCGAGUGGAGACCUUAACGUGCCAGCAGAAUACACAGACCAGUACUGCAGUGGACCUUGUGUCUCUGAGACACACCUUGUUCUUAACUGCAUCGAAGGUGUACUCUUGCAGUUCAAGUUCUACAAUCAGGCCACUAUAAGUGAUGUGAGAGAGACAAUCAAAUCCGGAUGUAGCUAUGGCCCUAAAAGAGGUGACUUUAAUGUAGCUGAGCGGAUCCAGGAGGAACAUAGCAAUGGGCACAGGACUAAUUUCAGUCUUUUUCUUUCUGGCCUUGUUUUGAUCAUAAUGACACGUCGUUUAAUGCUCUGAUGCAUGGCUUUUUUUUCUUUUCAAGGGCGAGCAUAUACAGUAGUGAUUGUCUGGCGCGAAUUGAUCUGCAUUUUUGGCCAUCUUGCUGUGGUCGAAUUAUGCCCGUGAAAAUUAUUAUGUUGUCGUCUAUAUAAGCAAUCCAACCAUUUCAAAUGUUUCGUCUGUUUUUGUACCGAUAUUCCAUGAGGAAAAAUAAGGACUGUGAAAUAUGAAUGUAUAUUGUGGGU